AUGAGCCCAACCACAUUGCAACUACGUGACCAACAACCUCAUAUUGAAGGAAGUAUGAGCCCAACCACAUUGCAACUACGUGACCAACAACCUCCUCAUAUUGAAGGAAGUAUGAGCCCAACCAUAUUGCAACUACGUGACCAACAACCUCAUAUUGAAGGAAGUAUGAGCCCAACCACAUUGCAACUACGUGACCAACAACCUCAUAUUGAAGGAAGUAUGAGCCCAACCACAUUGCAACUACGUGACCAACAACCUCAUAUUGAAGGAAAUAUGAGCCCAACCACAUUGCAACUACGUGACCAACAACCUCAUAUUGAAGGAAGUAUAGGCCCAACCAUAUUGCAACUACGUGACCAACAACCUCACAUUGAAGGAAGUGACCAACAAUCUCAUAUUGAAGCCCAACCACAUUGCAACUACGUGACCAACAACCUCAUAUUGAAGGAAGUAUGA